AUGGAAUCAGAUUCAGCUUCUGAUCACGAUGAGGACUCCAAACAAAGAGGUCCGACAACAAAGACAAAAGCUAAUAAAGUGAAGCUUGUAAAUAAAAAAGGUGUCCCGGUUGGAAUGGAAGCCACAAAAUUGUCUACUUUUGAGGGUUUGGUUGCAAGAACAAUGGUUCCCAUAACCUAUGCUUCGUGGCUGGAAGUUAGUGAGGAAGUAAGGGAAGGGUUAUGGCAAUAUGUUUUGGAAAAGUUUGUAGUUGACCCAAAGAGCCGGAAGCAAAUUCUCCAAUCGAUCGGGAAGAAGUGGAGAAACUUCAAACAUUAUCUAUAUGCCAAGUUCAAUAAGAAUCAAAGUAAAUAUCCCAAGGCAAAUCUAUUCAAACCUCCGAAAGAUUAUCCGUUUAUAAAGAAAGAAGAUUGGAAAGUUUUUGAGAAAAGUAUGAAAGCUAAAAAUACCCUUGCACAUCAUAAAUACAAUCAUCGUUUGAGCAUAAAAGGAUAUGUUGGACUCAUUAAUGACAUUAUCCAAGAAACCGGCAAGACGGAAGAGGAGAUUGAUAGGACAGUGCUGUGGAAAAAAGCAAGAGAGUUGAAGACAGGAGCAUACGAUACAGAUGUGAAGAUGAUUGUUGAUAAAAUUGAUGAGCUUCAGAAAUCAGGAAGCUUUGGAGAGGUUACAUGUGGAACACAUGAUGUGCUUAUAGAGGCCUUGGGUACUCAGGAACAAUGUGGGCAUGUACGAGGGAUGGAUAAAUUUAUAACGCCACAACAAUACUUUUAUUUACCCAAGAAUGUUAAGUAUUACUUGGAGAUUGAGAACGAGAGGGUGGAUAAACGAAUCAACAAACUUGAAGAUGACUUGGAGAAACUAAAAAGAGGUGUACUUAAUGUUUCUGAAGCUGCAAGUUGCCAAGUAGGGGGCGUCAUUGAAGAUUUUGAAAAACAACCACAUGAUGAAUCACUUGAUAAUUCAUUUCUUCUUGCGGUUGAAUUUGCUGCAAAUGUAGUUGCUAAAGGAAUCAUAAUGAAGUAUAGUGCAUCGGUUAUGAUUGAAACAAUUUUGCAAGGAGAAGCUUUAAUACCUUUUCCACUUGAAGAGGAGUUCAUUGUGAAGGUCAGAGAUGGACUGGGACACAUACUAAGCUGGCCAAGACACUUAAUUAUUCGAUGCUCUAACCUGGGAAAAGUGGUGGCGAAAUCUGUGAAAAAGCAUGCAACACAAGUGAAGAAAGCUGCAACACCAGUGAAUGAAGAUGUAACACCAAUGAAGGAAGAUGCAACACCUCCAAAAGAAGAAAUAGGAAGUAAUAAGAAAGAAACGGGGACAGGAAAAAUGGUUGAUGGAGAAAAACAACCAUGUGAUAUGGUAGAAGGGAAUGAUGUGGAAGAAGUGAUUGGAAUAGAAAAGAAGAUUAAAAAGGAUAAACAAAAUGUGACCGUGCAAAGAAGGUGGACCAGAGCAUAG